AUGGAGCUUCCCCUGUCGGUGCUCCUCAUCCUCGUGGAGGACGCGGACAACAUGGUUCUGGAUAUGGAAGCAACCGGGUCCGGCAUCGAACGCGAUGAGCAUGGGCGUGAUAUGGAGGCAUGGGAAUUCACGCUGCAAGAAGGGAAGAGCUACAUGAUGCAUGGGGUAGGUGAAGCAGUCACCCAUAUGAAGACACAGGUGACGUGGUGGUCCUCAGCCGAUGCGCCCAACAUGGGCGCUGCUAAUGAUACAGGCCAGAGGCGCCUGCAAGCCAAUGUGCUGUUCGCCCCGUACCUGAACCCUCGCCUAGGUUCGUCCGAGUGUGAGUGCUGA